AUGGAGGUUGGAUACCUGAUGAAGAGUGCUUCAGAAUUUGAAAACUUGCACAUCGUUUUGGGUCAGCUGUUGGUACAAAUACCUGCUCUUCAGUUACAAUAUAAUAUUUUGGCUGGAGUCGCCUUUCUUGGAGUUGGUCUCUGGGCCUGGAGUGAAAAGGGUAUAUUAUCCGAUAUAUCCCAAAUGACCCGCCUCAACGGCUUCGACCCCGUCGUCCUCGUCUUGCUGGUCGGAGGGGUGAUGUUCAUUCUUGGAUUUGCUGGCUGCAUCGGAGCCUUACGGGAGAAUAUCUGCCUUCUGAGAUUUUUCUGCGGCACGAUUGUGCUGAUUUUUAUCCUGGAGUUAGUCGUGGCCGUGCUGGCCUUCUUGUUCCAGGACUGGGUGAGGGACCAGGUCGAGACCUUCUUCAAGAACAACAUCAAGUCGUACCGAGAUGACAUCGACCUGCAGAACCUCAUAGAUUCUUUGCAGAAAAUAAUCUUUGGGAUUUUCCUGGCCAGGACGCUGAUUUCGGACAUCGAAGUGGUCAAGGCAGGCUACCAUUUCUAA